AUGAGCGACCUCGUGUAUGUAAAAUUUAACUCCAGACUGAAGCAUAAAAGAAAUAAUAAGGCAAAAGACCCAAUUGAGAAGCAAGUUGUGGAUAUUCUAGAAGAUGAUGACAAUGAAUUUAUCACUGGAGAUGCCCUUGUAGCAGAUGAUGAACAAGAAGAACCAAAAGACCCCCAAGCUAAAGGUGAGAAAGUUCAGGAACAAGAGGUCGCACCAGCAGAACCAGAACAUGGUAAAAGGAAGAGAGUUCCUUGCCCUAGGAUUAAGAAGAGGAUGAAGAAGAUUACAGACAUUAAUGAUGGCAAACAAUAUGUGCCUGAGAUUGUAGCUGCUUCAUCUUGUGAUAUAGAAAAUGAUGAUGAUCAUGAUGCCAACGUGAGGGAGGAGAUGGCGCGGUGCUUCGACCUCGUCCGCCGCCUUGGCAGGGGCGCCGUCUACCUCGGCUCCUCCAGGGUCCCGCCCACGCACCCGCACUUCCUCCAAACCACCGAGCUCGCCAGAGAGAUAGCUCGGCUGCUCGACUGCACCACAUGGACCGGAGCUGGCCCUGGGCUCAUGGAUGCUGCCAUCAAAGGUGCCCUUGAGGCAGAUAAGCCGGUUGGCGGCUUGAAGAUUGCAAAGGAGGCAGGUGAAUGGACAAGCUCGGGCUUCCAUCCUUACCUGCCACCAGAGACCUACCUCACAUGCAGGUUCUUCUCAGCGAGGAAGCAUGGGCUAGUCGAUGCUGCGGUGCGGAGCAGCCCUACUGACAGAACGGCUGUGGUUGCACUGCCAGGAGGGGUCGGGACACUGGACGAGUUGUUUGAGAUCAUGGCGCUGAUUCAACUGGAGAGGAUCGGGUCAGCACUCCCGGUCCCGUUCUUGCUUCUCAACUACGAUUCUUAUUACUCCAAGCUGCUGGACUUUCUGAAUGACUGCCAGGAGUGGGGCACGGUUGCUCUGGGGAAGUGGCGUCACUUUGGAAGGUUUGUGAUGGGAAUCAUGAAGCUUUGGAGUACCUUGCAGAGUUCUACAAUGUUCCUGCUGCCCAAAGAAGUUACCAAAUAUCGCCACAGGUGA